GGGACGCGCGUGAUGGCUGAUGCUCCGCUGAGCUGUUGGACCUCAGACGCGUCUGCGCCUACCUUCAGUAUGGAUUUGGGUUUUUAAUCCGGAAUAGCAGGGCAAACAAGGCCCCGGUGUUGGGUCCACUUCACCGCUGUUGGACGUGAUGCGUUCAAGUGCUGGACUACAGCCCCCGGAGACGCAACAGUUCAAACACCGCCCGGGGAAUAUUCUGGUGCACGCGCAAACAGAUCAACCUUUUCCUUAAACAAACAGAACUUUCCCCAACACGCACUCAGUCAUUCUGCUGUCUUCUGUCUCUCCAGAGCAAAAGUUCACUUGAAAAAAAACGAGUGUUUACAUGUAGACAAGCGUCCUGUUGUGUGUUCCAGACAAAGACCCAGCUUCAUGAGACUUGGAAUAGUGGAUUCAAUGACUGUGGUGCUGAACUGAUGUGUUCAAUGCUGUGAGGGCCUUUUUGUCUGCUUGUUUUGGACGUGGUGUGAAGUUAUUGUGUGGAAUCAACUUUGAUUCCAGGCUGUGAUGCCACAGACACGGUGGAAAAAUCGAACAGAUGGUCCACAUCCAAGUUCCAGUCCACAGUUUGUGCUUGACCUGCGGCGCCUGGUGAAAGGAGUGGUGCGGGACAGUGUCCAAAACAGUGUGUUCGUCUGUCAAGGUCUCGGGUUCUGUUCGCAUCAUGAAGCUCCAGACACCUGAUGGUGGCUCAGCAGAGCUCAGACGUGGUGUCAGUAGCUGCGUCUUGCUUUAGGUUCCUAAAGGUUUUUCAGGGUGGGUUCAUGGCCCCUAAUGCUUGUAACCCCUGGAAGCCUUCGAUUCAUCUGCUCAUCAUCUUGUCUGUCCUCAUGACUGGGAAGUUUCAGUCGAUCUAGUCUUGGAGCUGAUAACCUGAUGGCUCUUGGUCUGGUCUUCCGUUCUCUCUCUCUUUUUUUUUUUUAUAUUAAAACCGUUCCUGUUUUCCUGUACAUAUUUAUCACGACACAUUUCCUUUAGACAUGAACUGUCAGCGUGAACCACGAGGUACGUUUUGCAUAUGUGCAAAGGUAAUUUGAAUAGCUUCAGCGGCGUGUUGGCGUUAGCCAAGCCGCGCCAGCGUCGGCUUCUUCUAUUACAUUAUUCAGUGGCUCCUCUCAGGAACUGUAAAUUUAGCAUUCAAAUAUUGGCAAACACAGAGUGCAGAGUGUUAAGAAGUGGGGCUGAAAGUUUGGAAGAUUUGAAAUCGCAAGAGCGCGAUGUCAAAUCAGACCUGCAGGAGAGAAGAAAGGCUGUUGAAACAGGAGCCAACUGGCUGGAAAAAUCGCGUCUUUAACUUGGAAAAUCUGCAGUCUGAACUGAUAAAAACACAAAACUCAUUUGGAAAUCAAUGUAAGGAUUUUGCCCAAGACGAAGAGGAUGGAACUUUAAUCCUGAAUGUGAGGCCUCGCGAGCCUCAUUUCACUUCUCUAGAUGUCUUAGAUGGUGUUUCCCAGUCUGGAGUGCUGCGUCUGAGAGCUCUGACUAGCUCUCUCCUUCUGUGACUCAGACUUGAUCCAUAAAUAUCUGAGCACAGGCUGUAUUGUACUUUGUCUGGCCACUACCUGUCUGGUCUUCACCAGGGAAUGUUCAGCUCCCACCUUAGUUGUGGUCUGUAGAUAACUUGGUUCAGUGGCCUCUUUAUGGUUCUCAUGUCAGGUCUCAGUGCGGCAUGUCUUGAUCCUUGUGUGACUCUGUUUCGCUCUCUCUGGUGUUGUCCUGGGCUCCUCCUGUUCUUUGGUGUCGUGCCACUCUUUCUCCUUGUUUCUUCAAUGUCUCAGUCUUGAAUAUGUUUUGAAGCUAUUUCAGGUCUUCACUGCAGAUGAUACAAAUGACGCAAAGUUUCUAUUUGCACUGGCUUGUCUCGCUUCAGUCAUUGCUGGUCUUGUGAACCCUGAAGGACUGAUGCUCUUCUGUGUCUGUCUUUCGAUGCCUAAAUAUGCUCCUUUAAAUGCUAGUUUUGACCUGUGAAGCCAAGGUCGGUUGGUAGUGAAACUCAUUGUCUCAGUUACAAAUGUCCAGAUCAGAUUCUGAAGGGUCUCGACCUCUGAACGUCUUGGUGAUUCCUGUCUUGCUGGUGCGCCUCAGACCUUAAACAGCCUCCUCUUGUCCUGGUUUGAAGGGUGCCGGUCUGUCAUUCUGGUUGUGGUUUUGUACCCGGUACUUACGGGCCAACAGAACGCCCCGACACGCAGCGCUGCUCUUUUGUCUGCUGGCUGUUUAUCCAUGGACCGGAGUGAGUUCAACCGCGAAGUUUGCAGCUCCAAGCUGCCAACGAUUGUGGCUGUCCUCCAUCAGGACUGAGCGUGUGAUGUUGUUGUUUUCCAAAACACAUUUGGCAGGGAGAUACCAGGAGCUGAAAUUUUCAUAACAGCUUUGCUCCCAGAAGCCCCAGACACUGUCGCCGCACACUUCAGGAAACAGAUGCUGGAACCCGCCACUUUGUUUACGCCUCGGCGAUUCCUUUUAAACAAACUAGUCUCAAAGAAGAUUCAGGCUCCCGGUCCCAAGAAACCGGGUCAGUCGGGGUAACAAAGUUUAAACACCCUGGACAGGCCUCCAGUCCAGACAGACAACCACUCACACCGAGUGCUUUCAUCUGUCAUCAUUUCCUCCUUUUGUUUUCUCUGCCACAUCCUGAGCUGGAGCGCGAUGGAAGACUGGUGGGUGGAGGCUCUCUCUAGCUCACUCACCCUGGUCACCACAGGUGAGGGCCCGGCUGGCAUUAAUCCACACAGAGCUGUCUGGCUGUCGGAGUCCUGGAGCGAGGUGAACUCUCCGUCACCUCGGGAUUUACCCCGGCCCACUUCCACAACCCCACGUCGGUCCUGAACGCCUCACGCUGGCGGGUGUCAAGCCGGGAAAACCAGGGUGUUAACGGAGCUGUGUAUGAGUGAGUUGGUAAUCACCGUCAAGGUCGGAAUUUCAGUCAGACUUAAUCGCAUUAAUGCCGCAGUACUGGAUAAGUGUGUUAGGAAUAUGAGGCCAGAUCACGUGUUCCAGCUGUGACUUCACUAGAUAAAUAUACUCCAUUUGUUUACUAGCUAAACCUGAAGAAGUGAAAACAGCAGCAGCAGAAAAGCACUCAGAGAGCGCAGCCCUCCGCCAAGCUUUUAGCUAGGAUUUUGAAACAGGUCGUCCAAAACCCCGCCCCUAACCCCACCCCCUCCCGACACGCCAUGUCAACGACUGACAAGUAACAACUUGCUUUGUAAACAUCUAUUCGUACCAACAUAACUUGAUAAACAACAAAUAAACAAGCAUCUGAGUCAAAUAACAAACGUUAACAGACAUGAAGUCAGUAACUGUUGCCACAGUAACACUUCCCCUGGGCAGUUGUUUUACUUGGCUAACCCUGAUUCAUUAAAAAAAUAAAAAUUUAAAUAAAUAAUCCAAACACUUUUAUAAUGAUUUUUUCCCUUACUACAAGCCAUCGUGUGCACAGCCUUGUGUCUACAUCUUUUUUCAUAUAUUGAUGCAAGGUAGGCCUGCAGUUGUGUCAGCUGUGAUGGUUUUCUAAACUUCACAACCACAACAUUCAUUCAUUCAAACAACACAGGUAGAAAGGUUUGUCGCUUGAUUCAAUCAAUAGAAUUUACUGGAAUUUUGAUCCCUGUUUAGGCUAUUUUUCUCUCAUUAUACAGGCACUAAUAAUACAUUUAGGGCGUCCUGCUGAGGAAACAGGGCGUCCGGUUUUGAGUGCUGGAGGGCGUCCAUUUUCUCCAUGUUCUGCACUUUAGGGUGUUCAGGGACGCCCAAGACGCCCUCUAGCUAAAAGUCUGCCAGCCACAGAGGUGUGUGUGUGGGCUAAACUGCAGGGGCCACGCCGACUCUGUGGGGUCCAGAUGUUCCAGAACAUCUCUGCCCCCUGCCCUGUUAUCAAUAUGCCCUGAGCUAUGUGCACACCAACAAAAGACAGGGAGAGAGAGAAUAUCAACCUGUAGAACAUUGUUCAACUUGUGGUCCUCGACUGUUGCAGGUUUGUGAAGAGGAAACCUUCAGCAGGAAGGUCAUUCAGAAACUGGAUUUUCACAUGAACAAGUUGACCGUUGGAAAGAAGGAAGCAUAAAUGUCUGCUGUACUUUUAGAGCAAGGCCAGACACGGAAGCCAAAACAAAACAAGGAGAAGGUCGAUGUUAGAGGGAAGUCAAGUCUGAUGAGAGAGGAAGUCUCUCAUCGCCACCAGCCUGAUCGUGGCCGUGUCGCUCUUCGCCGCCCUCAUGAACUACUCGGAGAAGACGGGCUCCGUGCCACGGCCAGUCUUCGGUCACGCGUCCAAGAACAACUGGACGUCCACCAGUCCUCACAAGGGCUACGUCAGCGUCCCCAAGCAGGAGCCGCUGGAGCUCCACUGCGAGCUCUGCAGCAUCGUGUCCAGCUCGGGACAGAUGUUGGGCCAGGCGGCCGGCCCGCUCAUCGACAGCGCCCCCUGCAUCUGGAGGAUGAACAACGCCCCCACCCGCGGCUUCGAGGCGGACGUGGGCGGCCGCACCACGCUGCGGGUGGUCUCCCACACCAGCGUCCCCCUGCUGCUGCAGAAGCCCCAGCACUUCUUCGGCCAGGAGAACGACACGGUCUUCGUGGUGUGGGGGCCGCUGAGGAACAUGAGGAAGGACGGGAAGGGCAUCGUCUACAACAUGCUGCGCCAGGCCGUCACCAACUACCCGCACGCUCGAAUAUACGUCACCACGGAGGAGCGCAUGAACUACUGCGACAUGAUCUUCAAGAAGGAGACGGGGAAGGACCGGAUCCAGUCGGGCUCGUACCUCAGCACCGGCUGGUUCACGCUCAUCCUGGCCAUGGACAUGUGCAAGGAGAUCCACAUCUACGGGAUGAUCAACGACACCUACUGCAAGUCUGAGGCCCACAGGAAGGUUCCGUACCACUACUACGAAGCCGGCAGCCGGGACGAGUGCGCAGAGUACUUGCUGCACGAGAGCGCCCCCUAUGGAGGGCACCGUUUUAUCACAGAGAAGUCUGUGUUCAGCAAAUGGGCCAAAACUCACACUAUCAAGUUCUUCAACCCCCCGUCGUGACCCCGGCCAGACCACCACGGGACUCUGUCACCCUUAUCGCCCGCCACCACCCUGCACGCCCAGCGAGCUCCCUGACAUCUGUGUUCUCGACAUAUCACACAUUUUCAUCACUCGGGGUUGAAGAAUUUCCCAGCCGACUUGAACACAUCUUUUAUUCUGGAGCGUAACUGAUCCGGAGUUUCAGCAGGCUGGUCCUCUUGGCGGAUUUAUCGAUCCGUCCGCUGCUCUGUGAGUCCAGCGAGGAACGGUUCAAAGGCGAUCUUGAUUUUGAAGAAAAGAGGAAAAAAAAAAACAGUCCGUCAAGCGCUCUCUGACCUCGGCAGAUGUCCGGAGGCGCUGAGCAUCGAGGGGGCUGAAUUUUAAGGCUGCAGAGGCGGGCCGCAGAGACGGGUCACGUUGUAGUGAACGUCUGAAGUGAUGUCGGCUCGCUCGUCCCCACACGUCUGUCUCCUGUCAGCCGUCUGAUUAUUAAUAUAGCAGCCAUCAGUCAGGAGUCAGCGCCAAGCCACCGAAGGCCGGAGCGCUGUCACUUUCUAUUUACUGAACUCAGCCGGGAUGAGCUUCAGCGAACAUGGAGGCCACUCAUCUUUAUCGACGUGUGCUCCGACCAGGACUGCGGUAAAUACUUUGUUUCCAGAGCCCAUGAAGACGACCGAUCAGAUGUUUACACACCUUGGAUUCUAUACGAUUCAAAUGAAGCGACAGCAGAAGUCUGAGCUACGCGGUGACAAGUAUUCCAAGCCGGAUGGGCAUCGGAAGACCCUCGACUAGCUGAGAACAUAUCAGUCAGUCAGUCAUGGAAGCUACUGUCGAAAUAACUUUUUCAUUCCUGCGAAUGUGCUGUGACCACAGGCCAAGGUGGCAGACCUGUUUUGAUGUUGUACGUUGCAGGGUUAUGUCGAUAUUUCCCCACGACACACACAUCGGUACAUGACCAUGAGUUAAAGAACUCUAAACAACUCAGUCCAGUGGCAACACUGAAUCACAGUACUGAAACACUGAGCCGGGAAGGUAAAUGUUUAGUGGCAGUACCGAGACACUGCAUCAAAAUAAUUUGACGUUCAGCCAAAGGUCAUGUGUCCAAGUCAAUAUAACAAGAUAUUACAAGAUACUCAGAUGAAGGAUUUUAAUACCAAGCACAAGGUCUACAGGAGGUGCUGAGUACAAGUAAGUCGACUCAAUACUGAUCAAAAUAUUGAGGUACUUUGUCCAAGUACUGAGUCUGUGGUUUACUAUUGGGCAACAGUAGCAGACAACAGUAAACUACCAGAUUGUGUAUUGAAGACGUGAGGUGUAACAUGGUGCAGCAUGAUGUCACGCUUGUCUACCAGGUAAAAGCUGAAGACGAAUCGAUGCAGCGUCUGAACAAGAGCAGGCUCCGACCUGUCCAUGUAGCGCGACUUGUCCUCGUCUCGCCGCCCUGGUGGCACAUGAAGAUGUUUUACCGUUUUGUGUUUUUAUAACUGGGAGUUCUUGUGACUAAAUGUCUGCCACGUCAGCAAAUAGAGGAAUGUGCAAUGUCACCGUGAAGGUGUCGACCCCGCGGGGGGUUCAUGUGUGCGGUGACGCGGCUUCAAGUUGUUCCACCGUCAUCUCGUGCCUGCGACGACGCGAUCGUGUCGCUCAUGUUCUUGUCCAGCUUCGUGCCUGUUUGUGUUGUUCGCCUCUGACCCUUGCCACGUCUGUUCCGGGACGGUGAAGAGCCAUCGCCCAGGUGCCCGGAUGGGACUCCCUAGCGCCCCCUGGAGGGUUUCUGUAUGCACGCCUCUCUUAGAGGAGCAUUUUUCCUCAUUUUAAACGUUGAAUUUCACCAGGUUUCUUUUUGCUGGAGCUGCAUACUGAUAAGGAGAACCUGUUUCUAGAAACACCAGGAGACCAGCCUCACCUCACACACACACACAGGCAUGUACACACCUCUGGACCAGCAGGGUGUAAAAUAUGCACGUUGACAAAUUCAUCACUAAAAAUGAAGGGAAGAUAUCUCCAUUAAUUGCUCUCCUGCAGUCAAUCGAUCCGCUUCACUUUCUUAUUUAAUUGUUCUUGUUUCUACUGAUUCGUUCUUCAGAGUUUUGGCUUUUCUUUCCCUCAGCAUCAAGGUCAUAAAUAAGUAUGAAACAGAGAAGUGAAAAAAAUCACAACUAGAAGUUACACAACUUUUAGGAAAUAAAUCAUGAAGACCAAAUAAAAGUGGAGAUAAGGUUUUGUUGGAUGUGGAACAAGGAAAUGAAUAAAUAAAAUGUCAGAUUCAAGAAGUUUUUUAAAGCAGUUAACAAGUCUAACUGGGAUAUUGUUGUUCAAAUAUUAAAGAAAAUAUGUUUUUAAAGUCAAACCUGAUGAAGAUUUAAGAUAUGAAGAGGCUGGAAUCUGAAACUCUUUAAAUGUAUUGUGUGAAAAAAACCCUGACUGAAUUAGCUGAAGUCACUGACUCGAGGUGAAAAGAAAGAGCUGAGCUCUCCAGUCACCUGGGAGAGACUCAGACUAGAACCUCCCAGAGAAGCCGGUUGAGGAGGCAUUUUGUCUCAUGGACUAGGGAUCAAAUGGGUGGAGGCCCUGGGGCAGACGAAGGAGGCGUGAUGUCUUUCAGUAGACCAGAAGGAGGUUUGUGGUGUGGCUCUUCGGUCCAGAGGAACAGACGUGGACCAGUGAAACUGUCCUGCAUGUCUCUUCCCUGACUCCAACCGCUUGUGAUUGUGAUGUCAUGUGGCAGCUCUCACCACCUCGCCGUGCAGUCCGUCCGCCAGAAAAUGGUAACAUGCCAAGGAAGCGGAAUGUCAUCCUCUCGGGACACUGCUUUUGUUUUUCGUGUAUAUAGAGCGUCGUGUUCUUCCCGACUGUUGCCAUGUUUGCCAAGUGCUUUUUGUUUUUCUGUUGGAUUCUGAGAUUAUUUCCUGCGCCCAGGUGAAGUGCCCUUGUGUUCCUCUGUCCCGCUCACAUCUGUAGAAUGUACCAAUCACUUCUCUCAAGCUAACAUGCUAACUCAGACGCCGUUGUUGGCGAGAAAAUAUCACUUCAUAUGUGGCAGAUGACGUAGUGUCUUCUGUCAGGUCAUAUUAGAGAUAUCGUGAAUGUUUCCACCAGCUGGGAUCCUUUUGUCCUCUGUGUCUUUUAUUAUGUUUUGAGCAAAGAGAAAAUAAAUAACUUGAAAUCUGACGUUUGUCUGUGUCAGUGAGAUAAAGGACAAAUGAAAUGAUAGUCAGGUGACUCGUUAUU